CCCGGGCUACACCGUUUGGUACGGUCUGAGGUUUCCCCUCCCCUUCCCGCGAAGGUGGUUGCUCCCACACCGCCCGGAAGUGCUCGCGGUCGGGUCCCGGGGGUGGACUGGUGGCGGGACAUGGAGGUGCGGGGCCGUGUGGACAGUCCAGGCGGAGCCCUGGCGUCUGCCGAGCCGGUUCCGGCUUCGGUGACCCUGGCGCAGCUCCUGCAGCUGGUCCAGAAGGGCCAGGAGCUGCCGGGUCUGGAGAAACGCCACAUCACUGCGACCCACGGCGAGCCCACGGCGUCGCUGCUCCCGCGGAGGCCCAAGCCCUGGGAGGACGCGGGCUCGGCCGCAUCGGCCCGCACCGCCGCCCUAGACGCGCGCACGCAGUCCCCGACCGUCGGGGAGCCGGCCCGGGGCAGCCCAGCAGAUUCCUGAGCUCGAGGGCUUUUACGGCCGAGAUCCGGAGGACCGGACUGGGUCCUGCAAGAACCCGAGAGUCUGGACAGCUGCCACCCUUACUCAUCUUUCUGCAUCUGCGCUGACCUGUCUCAACCGGACCCGGUCUUCCAGGGAGACUCAACGUUGCCCAGGAAUUUUGGGUUUGGACGCUGAAUUUCAACUGCAUACCGUGUUCUAGUCCGUCCGUGUAAUUGAAAAAGCCUGUUGUACCACCUGCGGUCUGUUUCACUUGGGGCAGUAACCUCCAGGGCCACCUUCUAAUGAUACUGAUAAAGUAAACCGAGAGCCGGGUCAUUUCUAA